AAAAAAAUUAAAUUUCUACCCUGCCUACCUUACUCAUUCUACCCUGCCUACCUUACUCAUUCUACCCUGCCUACCUUACUCAUUCUACCCUGCCUACCUUACUCAUUCUAUCCCACCUACCUUACUCAUUCUACCCUGCCUACCUUACUCAUUCUACCUUGCCUACCUUACUCAUUCUACCCUGCCUACCUUACUCAUUCUACCCUGCCUACCUUACUCAUUCUACCCUACCUACCUUACUCAUUCUACCCUGCCUACCUUACUCAUUCUACCCUGCCUACCUUACUCAUUCUACCCUGCCUACCUUACUCAUUCUACCCUGCCUACCUUACUCAUUCUACCCUACCUACCUUACUCAUUUUACCCUGCCUACCUUACUAAUUCUACCCUGCCUACCUUACUCAUUCUACCCUACCUACCUUACUCAUUUUACCCUGCCUACCUUACUCAUUCUACCCUGCCUACCUUACUCAUUUUACCUUACCUACCUUACUCAUUCUACCCUGCCUACCUUACUCAUUCUAUCCCACCUACCUUACUCAUUCUACCCUGCCUACCUUACUCAUUCUACCUUACCUUACUUAUUCGACAUAGUCUCCAACUUUUUUUGUGGACAGUGUUAGGCGGUCUGUGUCUGUAACAAAUGGCAGGUAGUGACAUUUUGCAUAUGAUGCCUUGUUAUCAUUAUUAAUUGUAACAUAGAGAACCUGGGGUGCAUUGUGAAAUAUAUAUAUUCAUAAGUCUAUUGUUCUUUAACUUUGAGGUCAGGAUUAUUUAUUUCAUACUUAGAAAUACACCCCUGGUAAAUUAAUGACUUGGUCCAAACAUGUGCCGCUCUGUAACAGUUAGCUUGUACCUUAUUACUGGAGUUUAUGAUACCCUUAGAAAUAAAUAUCACAUUUCAACUUUUCAUAUUUUGUAAAUUAAAACCUAUGCUAUAAAGCCACUAUUUCUUUGUAGCUUUCAUUUUAUUUUAGUACAUUAAAUUAAAUAUACAGUAAAACCUGUGUACAGAGCCUCAACAUUGUGUUCACUGUAAGUAGGUGUUCCCUACAGAGAGGCAAUUUUAUACAGAAGUCAGUGGAGUACAUGAUGAGAAUGGGUGUUCAUGAGACACAAGUGCUCGCUAGAGAGAGGUGUUCUCUAAGAUAUACAUUUG